AUGCAAGCAGGGUCCCGGAUGAGGAAGUGCAGCGCUGACAGGGCUGGGUUCCGUUAGAGAGUCGAAGCCGAACUGCGUCCAGAGCGACCCAAACCGAGCCGCACCGCGACCCGAACCCGCCUCCGACGCUUCAGUCCCGCAGACACCGCCACCGAGCGCCGCAGUCAUGAACGAGCAGCAGUUGGACUGUGCUCUGGACCUGAUGAGACGUCUGCCUCCACAGCAGAUCGAGAAGAACCUCAGCGACCUCAUCGACCUGGUGCCCAGUCUGUGUGAAGACCUGCUGUCGUCGGUGGAUCAGCCGCUGAAGAUCGCUCGUGAUAAAGUGGUGGGGAAAGACUAUCUGCUGUGUGACUACAACCGUGACGGAGACUCCUACAGGUCUCCGUGGAGUAAUAAAUACGAGCCUCCGAUCGAUGAUGGAGCCAUGCCCUCGGCUCGACUGCGCAAGCUGGAGGUGGAGGCCAACAACGCCUUCGACCAGUACAGAGACCUGUACUUCGAGGGCGGGGUUUCCUCCGUCUACCUGUGGGAUCUGGACCACGGAUUCGCCGGAGUCAUCCUCAUCAAGAAAGCUGGAGACGGCUCCAAGAAGAUCAAGGGAUGCUGGGACUCCAUCCACGUGGUGGAGGUGCAGGAGAAGUCGAGCGGCCGCACGGCUCAUUAUAAACUCACGUCUACAGUCAUGCUGUGGCUCCAGACAACCAAGACCGGCUCUGGCACCAUGAACCUGGGCGGCAGUCUCACCCGACAGAUGGAGAAAGACGAGACGGUCGGUGAAUCCUCUCCUCACAUCGCUAACAUCGGACGCCUGGUGGAGGACAUGGAGAACAAGAUCCGCUCCACUCUCAACGAGAUCUACUUCGGGAAGACCAAGGACAUCGUCAACGGCCUGAGGAGCGUUCAGAUGCUGGCGGAUAAAUCGAAGCAGGAGGCUCUGAAGAACGACCUGAUGCACGCUCUUAACCAGCGCAGCAAACAGCAGAGCUAGAGACCAUCUCUCUCUCUCUCUCUCUCUCUCUGUCUCACUCUCUGUCUCUCCACCUCACCACUGUCUCCGUCUGUGCUAAACAAAGGAAAAAGGAGAAAAGGCUACGCUUCUUGUUUUUGUAUUUGGGCUCGUGUAUCACCUCACCCGUCUCUCUCUCUCUCUCUGCUCUGUAAUCAUGUAGUAUUAAGACAGCGUCUGAUUGGCUCUCGGUGAUGUCAUCGCAGUGGGGCGGAGCUUUUCUCUUGCCAUCAGAAGAACAAGUUUUCUUGUAGUGUCACGCGUCAGGAAUAAACGAGGAGCGGGUGAUUUAUAUUAAUAUAAAUCUAUAUAUAAAUAUCCACACGUAUGUAUGUAUUCUGACCAUUGUCUUGCUGUUAAUAUUAAAACUUGUGCUCGAGUCCAUGCAGACGAGUGUGUGUUUUGCGCGAGUGUGUUUAACGUCAUGUUUUUAACGUGUCAUGAUGCAGUAAACAUAUUCUCCUCUCUGUC